AUGAUUUUCUUGAUCGCAAUUUUGUUUCUGGCCAAAUUUUGCGAUUGCUCAUAUUAUGAAAAAAAGCGGUUGGAUGUGAGACAAUUUAAUUUGGAUGAGGUUUGGAGAAUUUCUAGAUUUUGGGCACGCAAUUUCUGAUUUCAGAUAAGUCUGGAACCUGCUCCAAAACCUGGAUUUCUGAUCAAUGCAACACAGGAUGCUAUAGAACAAUUUAUGGCGAUUUAUAGGACUCCGGGAAUUGCGCAAGUUCGAAAGGUUUGGGAAUUUUCACUAACAUGAGCAAUGCUCAAAAAUUUAAAUCUAUAUAGUUUUAACAAAAAAAAAAUCCAGAAAAUCUACUGUUUCAAAAUUUCUCUUAUAGGUUUGGUGACUUUAUAAGGCUAUAAUUAUUUUUUUUUUCAAAAUUUUUUUUAAAAUAAAAUCCUCCCCAAAAAACUCACCUUGAAGAUCCAUCAAACAUCUAUCAUUUUCAUUCUCUCCAGUGAUUUUCGAAAUCACAUUCAAAAAUCCUCAUUUUCCAGUGAAAACCUGUUUUUAAACAUAAAAUAACAUUGGUCCGCGAGUCAAAAGCGGUUGAAUUCAACAAAAACAACAAAAUUUUCAAAUCAAAAUCUUUAUUCAACAAGGAAAACAACGAAAAACUAGCGGACAAACACUUCGAAAAAAACAAAAACAAAACUACGACACUCCGCUUGCCUGUUGUUUAUCGUAUUUCAACAGAGCGGCGUUUUGAAUUAGCUUUUUUUUUUUGAAAAAAAUGUUUUUUUUUCAGCUUUUCCUUUGUAUCCGAUGUUCUAUUCCAAAAGUCCCUCUUUCUUAGUACAAUUUUUUAAAAUUUUAAUUGCUCUACCCUAUUUGAAUUUAGUAAAUGAUUCUGAAAACGCAUCGCUUGACCGCAACGCGUCCAACGACAUUGAUAGAUUUUCACGUGGAGUCUAGAGAGUUAGGGUAACUUGUAUGGUCCGCAAGCUUCCGGGUAAAUCUAGGCAGCGAGAGUGAAGUUAGAGAGGGAUUAGAGACGCAGAGGAAACGAAAAAGAGAGAAGUUUAGAGAGACUAGGUAACACGAGGAAUUGAGAGAGUCUAGACGAUUAGAGACGGUUAGAGAACACGAAAUUUUUUUUACUAUCUUUUUGCAGAUGACAGAACUAGAUGUUCUCGUCGGAACCCUUCGCACAGAAGUUCAACAAUCCUACACAGCUUUCAAAGCCGAAUCGAUUCUUUUGAAACUCGCGCAAGAUGAACGACUUCAAGAAGUCGCUGAGAAGGUAUGCGAACUUAUCGAAAAUCCCAUCUGUACCACACGCUCCACCGAAAUAAACACGCAACGCAGACCGCGUCGCGUCACAACGAUUCAAAUUCCCUCCCUUUUUGUGUGUGUUGUGGCGCGACGCGGUCUGCGUUGCGUGUCUAUGCGAUUUUCGAUAAUAAAAUUUUUGAAAAUACACUACCGUACUUCGUUUUUUAAAGGCGCAUUACACAAUUGUGCAUCUAAACGCACUUCGAGACAUUAAAAUGGGAACAAAUGAGAGGAAGGCGAGGACUGAGAUGAUGUUUAGCGAAUUUUCGGAUUUUGUGGUGAGUUAGGGGGAAACGGUGUACACCGCAAGCUUCCGCGGAAGCGGCACUAUCUUCCGCGCAGCGGCAAAGUUACCCUAACUUUCUAUAUGAGCCAGAGAAGCUAUGGUACCUUUGCCGUGCCGCUUAUGCGGAAGCUUGCGGUCCACACUCACUCCGCUCGAAGCUUCCGCGCAGCGGCAAAGUUACCCUAACUUCUUUGAAUAAUCUAGAAAGAGGACCUUGCCGCUGCGCGGAAGAUAGUGCCGCUCACGCGGAAGCUUGCGGUCUACACUCGCUCCGCUCGCGGAAAACCCCAAAUUCAAUUGCAGGUUUCCGCAGUCAGCGAUGAAGUGAGCAACAUUCUCGAUUUAAUCAUGCGACAAAUGCUUCGAGCGAUUCUAUUCACUGACAAAAUGGCUGUAUAA